AUGACGACCGUAUAUUCCAAUAUAUCUACUUUCAGUAGAUUUAAUCUUGAUGAAACUGAGUCGGAUAUACAAGUUUUCAUCAAAGAAUACAGAGAACGUGUGAAUGCACAAUUAAAUCGUGAGAUGGAAAAGAUUCCGACACCUUUUUUAUCCUUUCAUGAAACUAAAUUGCAAGUUCCACCAAAAGAUACGUGGCUUAAGGACAACCAAGAUAGAUUCUUUAAAGACACGCCCAACGAGUUUUUGAUCAAAGAAAGUUAUUUGUCUGAGAUGGGUUAUCUUACUAGCAUGAUUUACUCUCCUGGUGGAGAAUACCUAAUUGUCGGUCAUUCUACCGGGCUGAUACAGAUGCGUCAUGGUCGUACAGGAACAGUGCUGGCUACUCUCCGUAACAUCCAGUUUCCACCUAAAGCAGUGUACGCUUUAGAAUACAGCAAGGGUGAAGAAAGAAUUUGCUAUGCCGCCUGCACCGAUGGAGCCAUAUAUCGGAUUGAGAUUCCUAAUAUCGACACGGGUGCGGACGCUCAAGCUGAGUUUUGUAUUCGAGCAGAUCCGGCGCUAGAGUGGCUCAAUACACAGUUCUACAGCAGCCCAGGGAUGUCAUUGGCGGCGACUCCCUUUAUUACUCAAAGGUCACCAGCGCUUUCAGUGGGGGUCCCAGCAGAGAAUACGAAGAUAAUAGCUGGCUACGCGGAUACAUCCACUAAGAUUUUCGACAUAGAAACACAAGAGGUAGUGACAACAUUUAAAGUGCAUAAGCUGCGCUUGCAGUUCAUACCAAAGAAACUGCAGCGUGUCCAUCACGGACAAGUGUGUGCACUGCGAUGUCACCCGGAGAAACCCACCAUCUUCGCCACGGCCGCUUGGGAUAAAACCCUUAGGAUUUGGGAUACCCGUUGUAAAGUUGGCUGCAUGAUGACGUUUGAGGAUGUUGAUAUUUGUCAUGAUAGCAUUGACUUAAAUAGAGAACAAUGUAUCUCAGGUAGCUGGCAGACAACUGAAGCACUAAACGUGUGGGAUCUGGUUGCUAGGAAGAGGUUGAACAUCAUACGUGUACAGAAUCGAAGACCUGAUGUUGAUGGAGAGUACAUCUACGCUUGUAGAUAUUGGAGAUCUUCCGAUUACAACCGUAAAGGCAAGUACGGCAUAAUUGGCGGCAGUGGCACAGGUUGUGUCGAGGUGAUCAACCUGCACAACCGGUACAUCACUUGUUCCUAUCCUGCGCCAGGUUCUGUCCUGGCCAUCGCUAGCCAUGGAGACCGCAUCGCAUUCGGAGGGACUGCUCCUGUGUUCAACAUCGUCAGUUUCCACGAUCCAAAGCACGAGAAGUACAGGCCAGAAACAGAACCCGAGUACAACUACGCAGACCAUCCUAUAACCAUGUUCGACAUCCACUUGGACUACGACAGCGCGUCUUCCAUGACAGAAGAAAAUAUAAGGCAGACGAGAAAAUCCAGAAUAUCCAACAUAACAGACAUAUCUAGAGCUAGAGUGUCUGUGGUAGAGCCUAUGGGCACUGCCGACGGUGACAAAAAAUAAUUGACAACUGUUACUU